AUGUUUGAGGUUCCUGUGGAGUGCUGCGAGUGUGCUGUUCCCAUCGGCGACGAGGGACCUCUGCGGGCGGUGCUUCUUUUGCCGUGCCAGCACCUCCUUCACGCGGGAUGUGUGGAAUACGUGCGCAAGCGAAGAAAACUGCAACAACUGAUUGCUCGAGGGGACGCGGGAGGGGUGGGUGCCGCACUGCCGACGCCCUUUGAGCUGGGCAGCGAAAGUAUUGAUAAAAAGAACAGCAACGGCGGUUGCAGCCGCGACAGUCGUCUUGUUGCGUGCCCGGCAUGCAUGGUGCCUAUUCAGCGUCUUAUUCCAUUGUUUCCUAGUGGCGGGGAUACGCGCUGUGGGUCGAAGUUCGGCGGUGGAGAGGCCGCGUCGUGCUUCAAGAAGACGCAUCACGCACAGAAGACUCACAUAGCCCAGCUUCGCACGCUUUACGAGCAACGUGAGCGAGUGACGCAGCUAACACGCACAUGCGCUCUGAUGCACGCGAGGCUCUCCGAGACACAGGCGGAGUUGGAUCGGCUGUCAAAGACUCUCCCAAUUGGGGCGCCGGCCGCACAUGUGCCGCAGCUGGCGGGAGAAAGGUUGUGCGUGGAAAAUAUGACAGCCACGGAACUGGAGAUGUACAUCAUGCAUUCCUCGGCGACACUUGAGGAAUUAGAGCACGAUGUCAGCGAGCAGAGACGACUGGCGGAGAAAAAACGGAAGAAACUGGGUCAGUUGCAGUCGCGUUAUCAAGCACUAAGGGAAAUGGAGAGGCGACCGCGGAAUACCCACAAGAGGGAGAAGGACGCAGACUCCAGUAGCAGCGAGUCACUUUGUCGUUCCUCGAGUCGCGGUAAACGCCCGCGUGCCCCGCCUGUCGUUGACGUGGAAGAAGAAGCCACCUCCAAGGCGCAAGCGAUGAUUGUUUCGUCCGAUAAUGGCAGCAGCGAUGAAGAGGGAGAGAGCCGUAAAGGUGACAAGAACAAUCCUGACAACAAUGUCGAUGACCAAGAGGACGAUGAUGUCCUGUAUAUUGACCAGACGACCCCGCAAUUCAGUAGUAGUGGCGGCAGCCGUAGCCCAGCUGCACCGGAUGCUUCCUCCCACGCCUGGCAACCACAUAUGAGCGCCGGUGUGAGGAGGGACAGGAGAAGUCUCGACGAGAAUAACGACACAAGCAACGGAGGAAAUGCCGAUGCAGUUAUUGAUGAUGCUGACGAUGCCAUGAUGUGCUAUAAUCCAAUGCGACGGGUGUUGACGAAACAACAGUCCGGGAUUCACGCGCCGAAUGCCACACGUCUCCUCCCCAGGCGCGAAGACCGGCUUUGGCAGCCCUCACUGGAAGGCAUCUUGUGA